AUGCCUUCUGUCGUACCCAUCCUGCAGCGGCGACGGCGAGCCAAUGAAUUGGAAUCUGACCGCGACGAUAGUAGCGAUGAAAGGGGGGAGACGUAUAUUUCUCGAGAGGGCACACCCUUUUCCCAAGCAUCAAAUGGGAGCAAGCGCGUUCGCCUUUCAGCACCAGACAACAGUGAAAAUGGCGGAAACGAUACGAGUGGUUCGCUAGAAAGCGAUAGUGAUGAUGGGGCUGAUCCGGCGGAGGUGACAAGGUCAAGGAACACUCUCUAUCCGUCCGUCGUCAAGACCGAGCGCGGAUCUCGCACAAAACAUUCUGCUGGUAGUAGGCAACCAAGCGCGCAAGUAAUUGGAGACGGAGAUGGAUCUAGUCCGAAGCAUCGUCCUGGGUCGAUUGUGAGGGUCAAGCUUACAGAUUUUGUAACUUAUACCUCCGCAGAAUUCUUUCCUGGCCCAGGGUUGAAUAUGGUGAUUGGACCUAAUGGAACUGGGAAGAGUACCCUUCAUUUAGGACGUGCUAAAGAUCCUGCUGAAUUUGUUAAACAUGGUUGCGAAGAGGCCACUAUUGAAAUUGAGCUGGCUAAAGGGCCAGGCCAUCGCCAGAACCCGAUUAUCCGCAGGACUAUUGUGAGGAGAGACAACAAAAGCACCUUCACUCUCAACGGGAAACCCUCAACCAAGGCCCGUGUCCUUGAGCUUGCGCACUCAUUCUCCAUCCAAAUCGACAAUUUGUGCCAAUUCCUUCCUCAGGACAAAGUCGCUGAGUUCGCUGCACUUUCCCCAAUUAACUUAUUACACUCUACACAGCGAGCAGCAGCUGGCCCUGAAAUGAUAGAAUGGCAUGAAAGUUUGAAGACGCUACGUGCCGAGCAGAAGAAGUUGCUAGCUGCUAAUGCUGAGGAUCGAGAACAGUUGGCAAAUUUGCAAAAUCGGCAAGAACUGCAACGGGUGGAUGUGGAGAGGAUGCAACAAAGGGCGCUGAUACAAAAAAAGAUCGCCUUACUAGAAAAAGCAAGGCCAAUUCCAAAAUUCCAGGAGGCCCGGCAAGCUCUCAAGGAUGCACGGCAAAAACGACGGGAUCUUCAUAACGAGCAAAUGGAAUUGGAGAACCAGCUAGCUCCGGCUCUCAAGUCAGUUAAUGAGAAGAGGGACUAUUCUCUUGCGCUACAUGAUGUUGUCGCCCAGAAAAGAGACAUGGUGGUUAAAAAGGAGGAACUCAGUGCUGCAAUUGUUGGAAAAUUAGACAAGGUGCAGGAUACUAUAAAAGAUUUGGAUGCGCAAAUUGAAGCAGAGAAAAAGGCAGGGAUCACGCAUCGGGAGAAUUAUAAAAAGUCACUUCACUUAGUCAACAAAAUCAAGCGACAAAUGGAGGAGGAACCCGUGGAAUUCGAUGUUGCAGCCUUUACAAAUAAAAUUCGGGAUACUGUGCGAGAACUUAGGGAUAUCGAAGAGAAAUCGAGGAGUAUCCAGGAGUCCAAAAAGAGCACGUUUCGGGAUCAUCAGAUAAUUAAGGGGAAAAUUGUGAAAGAAUAUGAACGCCUUCAAAACCUGGACUCCGAGAGUGGACGCCAGGCAGAGAAACUGAAGUCUUUAUCUGCAGACACUGCCAAAGCGUGGGAAUGGAUAAAAGCGAAUCAAUCCAGGUUCGAAAAGAAAGUCUUUGGUCCGCCACUCGUGGAAUGCUCGAUAAAAGAUCCCACAUAUGCGGACGCCAUAGAAUCGCUAUUACAGAGGAAUGACUUUUUGACCUUCACGGCGCAGUGCCGAAAUGACUUUAGGAUUCUACAGCGAGUACUCUAUUCCGAAUUGAAGCUUCAUGAUAUCUCUCUCAAGGUAUCAUCGAUAACCCUAUCAGAUCUUCGGUCUCCAAUAACGGACGAGGAACUUCGGUCCUUGGGAUUCGACAGCUGGGCCCGAGAUUUAUUGACUGGACCUGAGCCAGUCGUGGCUAUGCUCUGCAGCGAAAACAGGUUGCAUCAGACGCCCAUAGCUCGUCGAGAUAUUACAGACGAAGAAUACACGAGGUUGAUAAACAGCCCGAUCAGCAGUUGGGUGACUGGAAGCCAGUCCUAUCAGGUUGUCCGUAGACGUGAAUAUGGGCCGAGCGCCAUAUCGACUCGAGUUCGGCAACUUCGACCUGCCCGACACUGGACAUCCCAGCCAGUUGAUGUUUCCGCCAGAAGCAGCAUUGAAAAUAAUAUCCAGGAAUUGAAAAAGGAGUUUGAUACGCUUCAGGGGAUCCUUGACGAACAAAGAGAGAGUCUUGAAAAUUUUAAAGGACAAUAUCAAAAGGCGCAGAGAGAGAAGGUUGAAUUGGAGCAGGAAAAGGCAACUAAACAGACUGCCCUGAUGAAUUUUAAAGCUUUGCCUACAAAAAUGGCACAGCUGCAGGGAAAGGCGCACGCGUCGGAAAUUGCAAUGGAUGCGGUGAAAAAGAGAGUUGAAGCGCUUCGCAAUAAACAAGAUCAAGUUUCCCUUGAAAAGGCCUCGAUAGCUCUUGAAUAUGCUACUUGUGUCAAUGAAUUCCAGUACUUGAUAGAAGAUCUUGCUUUGGCGGAGGUUAAUCUCCUUGAGGCCGUAUCCGACCUUGAUACGCUCAAGGAGAGAAACACGGAAGUGAACCGUAUCCUCAACAAUAAAAAGGCGGAACUUGCACAAGCCAUCGAAGAGUUUACGGCGGCAACUACACGAUUUAACGAGUGCCAGGAGGAUUUCCAAGCAUUUGCUAACAUAGUCAACAAUGACCCAGAGCUGCAAAAUCCCGAAAUGAGAGAGCUCAUUGACGCUACCAAAAAUCUCACCAUUGAGCAGCUUGAAGCUGAGAUCGACUCUGAAAAAGCCGCCCUCGAACUAACUGGUGAAGACAAUAGCAAUGUGAUCAAGGAGUUCGAAAUGCGCCAGCAGCGCAUUGAGAAGCUCAAGUCCCACCUUUCCGACUUCCAGAAAAACCUCGAUGAACUUGAUGCAGCAAUUGCAGAAAUUCGAGCUAAAUGGGAGCCGAAGCUUGAAGAGCUCGUUCAAAAAAUCAGCGACGCCUUCUCCGAUUCCUUCGCUCGCAUUGGCUGUGCGGGGCAAGUGAGCAUAGAUAAAGCGGAGGAUGUGAUCCCUGAAUACGGCGAUUCUGCCUCCACCUCCACCCAGGCUGAUAGCGGUGACAAUCAUAACAAUAGCACAAGCGAUUUCGACCGGUGGGCCAUUCGUAUCCAGGUGAAAUUUCGCGAGCAUGAAAGCCUCUCCGUCCUAGACUCUCACAGACAGUCCGGUGGUGAACGGGCUGUUAGCACGAUCUUCUACCUCAUGGCUCUACAAUCUCUGUCCUCCUCGCCGUUCCGAGUGGUCGAUGAGAUCAACCAGGGCAUGGAUCCGAGGAAUGAGAGGAUGGUACAUGAGCGGAUGGUUGAUAUUGCGUGUGCCUCUGGUGGUGAGGGGGGUGGGGGGCAAUAUUUCCUCAUAACUCCUAAGUUGCUGAGUGGGCUUGUGUAUAAGAGGGGAAUGAAGGUUUUGUGUAUCGUUUGUGGGGAGUAUGUGCCGAAGGACUACGAGAAGAUUGAUUUUGGGAAGUGUGUGUUACGGAUGAAGGAUGGGUUGAGGAACAGCAGCAAGGGGAAGGGGAAGGGAAAGGGAAAGGAUGUAGAUAGCGGCAAGGGAGGCGUUGAUGUUGAGAGGUGA